AAAUUAUAUAAUUUUUAAACAGAAAUGUUGUUAUUACAAUAUACCAUUGAAAAAUGUUUAAGAUUCAAAAAAGGACUAAACUUGAUUGUUAAUCAAAAACUUAUUUUUACUUAAAAGUAAAAACUUAUAAAAAUCCAGAUAAUAGACAUAACUUGAAUACCUCCAAAUUCCCACCUCUUUAAUCCUCCUCUUCCCCCCCCCCUCUCUCUCUCUUUCUCUCUCCCUCUUUAAAAUUCAGCUCCCAUCUGUUUCCCACACUCCUUACUUUCUUCCCCAUUUCACUCAAAAAAAAAGAAAAAAGAAAAAAAAAACCUGCUUAAAUAAUGCUUGUUAUUAAGUGAAAAUCACAUAAAUCUGGGAUAUUUUUGGUGGGAAAAUAAAAAUCUGAAAUGGGUACUCAGAUUUAUGUAAUGGGUAUGUGUAUUUUGGUGUAUUUUCUGAGCUUAAACUUAGUUUUAGUGAGUUCAAGCUCAGUUUUAGGAAGAAAGAAUGAAAAAGGUACAGUUUACAUUGAUGGAAGAAAUGCCAUUGGUAAAAUUGAUGAAGAUUUUAUUUGUGCUACUUUAGAUUGGUGGCCUCCUGAGAAAUGUGAUUAUGGUACUUGUGCUUGGGAUCAUGCUUCUCUCCUUAAUCUGGAUCUCAGCAAUCAAAUAUUUUUAAAAGCAAUACAAGCCUUUUCGCCUUUGAAGAUUAGGCUUGGUGGUACUUUGCAAGAUAAAGUGAUUUAUGAAAGCAAAGAUUCUAAACUGCCAUGUAAUCAGUUUAGCAAUAGAAGCACAGAAAUGUUUGGUUUUACUCCUGGAUGCUUACCGAUGAAGCGAUGGGAUGAACUAAAUGCCUUCUUCGAAAAAGCAGGGGCAUUGAUUGUUUUUGGACUUAAUGCUCUUGCUGGAAGAACCAUUCAGUCUGAUGGCUCAGCUACUGGUGCUUGGGAUCCUUCAAAUGCCAAAUCUCUUGUUCGUUAUACAGUCGAAAAGGGCUAUGAUAUUCAUGGCUGGGAGCUAGGAAAUGAGCUAAGUGGAAGUGGAGUUGGAACACGAGUUUCAGCAGCUCAGUAUGCAUCUGAUUUGAUUUCUCUGAAAAACAUGCUGGAAGAAGUUUACAAGGCGAACAAAUCUAAGCCUCUUGUCAUAGCACCUGGAGGUUUCUUUGAUCCAAACUGGUUUACAGAAUUCAUUAAUAAAACACACAACAACCUUGAUGUUAUGACACACCAUAUAUACAACCUAGGGCCAGGAGUUGAUACACACCUUAUUGAUAAGAUCCUCAAUCCAUCAUAUCUUGAUGGAGAGGCUGAUACAUUUAGAAGGCUACAGAACAUUCUCAGGAGUUCUGGGACUUCUGCAGUUUCAUGGGUCGGGGAAGCAGGAGGUGCUUAUAACAGCGGUCAUAACCAUGUUACUAAUGCAUUCGUGUUCAGUUUCUGGUAUUUAGAUCAGCUUGGAAUGUCAUCAACUUUUGAUACGAAAACAUAUUGUAGACAAACUUUGAUUGGAGGAAACUACGGCUUGCUUAACACCACUACCUUUGUUCCUAAUCCAGACUAUUACAGUGCCCUUCUGUGGCAUAGACUGAUGGGAAGAAAUGUGCUAUCAACAAGUUUCUCCGGGACAAAGAAAAUCCGAACAUAUGCUCAUUGUUCAAAAGUAUCUCAAGGGAUAAUGCUGCUGUUACUCAACCUAGAUGGAAAUACAACCGUUGAAGUGAAUGUAGGCUUCAAUGGAACAUGGAGUCUUCUAAACAAGCAUCCACAUAUCCACAAGAAUAGAGCGAUAAAGUGGCACCAGAAAGAAGAAACAGAAAGAGUAAGAGCCGAGUAUCAUUUGACUGCAAAAGAUGGUAACUUGCAGAGUCAAACAAUGCUUCUUAAUGGAGAGGUGUUGGGUGUGAGUUCAUCAGGAGAAAUACCUUCCUUAACUCCUUUACAUGUUAACUCAUCAGAGCUGAUAGUUGUAGGACCUUUCUCGAUUGUAUUCGUUCACAUGCCUUACAUCAUUCUUCCUGCUUGCAAAUAAAAAGGUGGAACCAGAAUGGUGUUCAUCUUGUAAUAAUUGGUUUAUCAUAAAUUUCAUAAAUAAGUUUUUUAAGGUAUUAGAUAGGAAUAGUCUUAGUGGUGGAAUCGAAAUGGAUUUCAUCUGCUUCUGUUCUUGCAUAGGUCAUAAAACUUUGACCUAUGGUCUAUUGAUUGUGCUUAGAUUUUGAUA